UCGUCUUGAGUGUUGGUAAUCCAGCAGGCUCUGAAAUAUUCCGACAGAUAAUAACAAAUGUUGGAUUAGAUGUGUAAAAUUCACUUUAUAUUGGUGAAGGAUCUGGUAGUUGUACCUGUUUUACAGUAGGUUUAGCUCUAAGGAAUAUGAAGAGAAGAAAUGCCGACUGUAAGCUUCGGAGGCCGUUAAAGAAAACGAAAAUAACGGAUGGAAUUUGGGGAAGUUCUUUGUUGUACUUGAAGUUCUUUGUGCUAUGGGCGCUGGUGCUCCUUGCAGACUUCCUCCUUGAAUUCAGAUUUGAAUACUUGUGGCCAUUUUACUUACUUCUUCGGAGUGUUUACGAUUCAUUCAAAUAUCAAGGCCUGGCCUUCUCAGUCUUUUUCAUCUGUAUAGCAUUAACAUCAGAUAUGAUCUGUUUGUUUUUCAUUCCUGUGCAUUGGUUAUUUUUUGCUGCAAGCACAUAUGUUUGGGUGCAGUAUGUUUGGCACACAGAGAAAGGUCUUUGUUUGCCCACUUGCAUCCUGUGGAUGGUAUUUGUAUACAUGGAAGUAGCAGUGAGGCUACGAGAUGUACGUCACAUGCCAUUCCAUUUAGAUCUUUGUAGACCCUUUGCAGCUCACUGCAUUGGAUAUCCUGUAGUAACUUUAGGAUUUGGUUUUAAAAGUUAUAUUGGUUACAGAAUGAGACAGAGAAAACAAAAAGAUGUAGCAAAAGAGAAUGAAUUUUAUAUGCAGUUGCUUAGACAAGCAUUACCCCCAGAGGUGCAACAGCAGCAGCUUCAACAACAACAACAGUUGCAGCAGCAACAGCAGCAACACCAACAACAACAAAGUCAACCUCAGUCAACCCCUGACAAAGUUAAAGGUGAAACUAAUGGUGUUGCUCAUCAAGUCAUAACAAACUCAAUUCCCUUAGCUAAGAAAGAUCAUAAAAAGCAUCCAGAAAAGGGGGAACGUGAUAAGGAGAAAGAGAAAGUAGUCCCUCAAACAAACGAAACUGCUGCAGAAAAAUGCACGUACAAAUUUUCACAUUCAAAUGGGUCUCUCCUUAAUGGAGACAUCGAAAUUAUUGAAAGAAUUGGAUCUGUCAAUGAUUUUGAUGAAAAUGAAGAGCAUGACAAAAGUGUUAAAGGCUGUCAAAGUCUGAAAUCCCAUGGAUCUAAUGGAUCAACAAACAGUAGGUGGACCAGUUCACAAGUCAGAGAAAAUUCUAUGAAUACUCAACGCGAACGCCGAAAUAAAGCGAACAGAGACACAUCAGAUAGCUCCAGCAAUAGUUCAUCAAGGGAUGACUAUUAUCAGAGGUUGGAGGCUGACGUAAAGAGACUUAAAAUUGACCUUCAGUCGAGCCGUCAAACAGAACAGGACCUGAGAAGUCAAGUCACUACACACCAGCUAGCAGAAAAAAGCAUCAGAUGUGAGCUUGCUCAGUGUCAAAAAGAUAAUGAAGAGCUUCAGGCUAAAUUACAUGUUCUGGUGUCAGCUCGUCAAGCUGACAAGCAAAUAAUGGCUCAAAAUGAAAAAAAGUUAUCAGAAGAGCGGCGUUUGCGCUCUAUUAUUGAAAGUCAUCUUGCUGCUGAGCGCAAGGCAAAAAAGGCUGAGGAUGCAGCAACUGCAAGAGCUGUUGCAAUGGCCGCGGCUGCAGCAGCAUCUGCAGCAAACAAAUCUGAGUGCACAGAAACCUGUAAAGUACGGCGCCGUGAACUUGAAACAGAAAAUAAACAACUUCAAAGAGAGUUAAAAAUAAAAGAAGACCACAUUACAACUUGUGAGAGAGAAAUAUUUAGUUUGCGACAAUUUAAGGAGAGUCAGACAGACACUGAAAUUCUCAUGACAGCUUUGUCAGCAAUGCAAGAAAAGAAUUCUCAUUUAGAAAACAGCCUAAGUGCAGAAACACGGAUAAAACUGGACCUCUUCUCCGCUCUUGGAGAAGCAAAAAGACAGUUGGAAAUACGAGACACUUUACGACGUCAACAAGAACAUGAAUUUGAAUCAUUAAAAAGCAAAAUGGCACAAGUUUUGGCUGUAAUGCCAACGGAUUCAUUUGGACCCUUACCUUCAGGAGCCACAUCAAAACUACUUUUAACAGAAAACACUGGUUGCACCAUGUCAACAUUGUCUAAUUUGGAUCCAAAUGCUACUGCGUACACACCUAAAGGCUCAAAUAUAGCAGCCUCGACAGAAGCUUGACAGUUCACAUGUGCUGUCUAAGUUAAGGAGGUGUGUCUCACUAGUGCAUGUUAAUUCAACUCUUCACCUGUAAACAGAGCCUGAAUUUGAAAAUCAUUUAAGCUAUGGCAUUUGUAGAGUGCUGAAAAUUGUGGAGAAACCAUGGAAUGUUUCAUCAAAUCUUCAGCUAUAAGUGAGGAUUUGAUUUUCUGUAAGUUAUUUGUUUAAAUGUAUUACUUGAACAUCAGACUUGUCUCCAAAGACUAGUACAAGUAAUAAGUUCUACAAUAUGUGCUCAUUGUAUUUUUUUUUUAUUUUAUUUUUUUUGUCACCUUGCGUAAGAUUUUAUUCAGAGCAUAGAAAGUAUAUAUAGGAUGGUAGAUGAUAGGAAUGACUUUCUUUUUUAUUCAGAGGUCUUGAGUAAUCCCUCCUCUCUGAGACUUUGUUUAUUUUGCUUAUUUAAUCUUUCAUUUCUUUGAGAGCUUCUGGUAUGGUUUUCCUAUAUUAUUUUCUCUGUCAAGUUUAUGUGUAGUCAUUCUGAUAGCAGCUUUAAGAAGCACCAAUUUUAGGCGGAGUGACAAAAAUUUCAUCUAAAAGAUAUAGGUGUGCACAGUGUACUAUAAAUUCCCUGAGACUUACAGGAACCAAAUCUUAAAAUUUAUGUGACAUAGAUUUGAGAUUUUCAAAUGCCGGCUUUUCAUUCUUUUGUGGUGAACUACUGUAACAAUAUAAUGAACUUCAGGCGUUCUUGCAAACUUGGAUUCUUUAAUCACUGUAAACUAGAUAUUUGAGGUUAUAGCUUUUUAUUUAAGAGCAGGAUACUAGUCAUUUUAAUAAUUUUAGAGUGAAUUUGUACAGGUCUUGUAGGUUUAUGGACUUUGGCACUUUGAUGUACUCCUAUUAAUUGUCCUCAUUUUAUUGCCUCAUUGAAUACCAACCUGUUGUAGUAAUAUGAUAUGGACAAUUUCCCUAUUUGAAUGGCUGUGUCCACUUAACUUGCUCUGUCAUAUGAAUUGAAUCAUAAAACAAGGUAUUACGUACUUUCAUUGUUGUUGGAUGCAUGUGGCACUGAUCGUGAUGAAGUGAAGAAUUUUGUAAUCUACCAUUUCAGUUCAGACAACACCAUUUCAUUUUAUUCUCAAUUGAAACUAUUUGAGGUGUUUGAGAGCAUCUGCAAUUUAAGAUGUCUGUGUUCUAGAUUGCUCUUUGAAGUCUCUUGUUCUCGAGAUUAUUUUGAAAGGAAAUACAUUUUGCUUUCAGCUUCUGUAGAUUGCAUAUAGAUUCAAUUGUCAAUAGAUGUUGACAACAAGAAAACUCUGUCAAUACAUUCAAGUUACUUUUCAAUGUUUCCUUAAUAUUGUGUUAAUUCUCUUCGCAAGUGAAUUUCUCCUGCGUUCCUGCGUGAAGAAUUAUCGGUCAACUCUGCUGUAGAUGCCAAGACUUACUUUUGUUUUAUGUUUGUGUAAGGUACCUCAUAGUGAUCAGUUGUAAUCAAUUUUGUUUCUCUUUGUUCCUGUAAUUUCGUGGAUGGCUUAAUCCUUUUCUUGUUUGCUUUUGAACCAGCAAUCAGUAUGUUACUUACAGUUUUAUUCAUACAUUGUUCAUACAUUGUCAAAAUUAUGAACAGGAUUACCAACCCCCAACUAAACUUACAAGGGUAUGUUUUCCGGUGAUACUAUCAGAAACCAGUGGCGCUUUAAAAUGUUGUUGACACCCUUAGGCACCCGUUUUCACUGCCCAUAGUGGGGUUUGAAGAUAGCUUCAAACGAGUGUUCAGAAAACCCUCCAAUUUAAAAAGACAGUACAUGCAUGCUGAGAUAUGGUUUUCUGUAAAAUCUGGGUACUGUUGCUCAAACGGUUCCGAGAUGCAUGCAUGUAAAAGUCAUUCUCAGGUGAUGAAUUCAGAGUAAUUUCUGUUAAAGUCAUGUGAAACAAGCUUCAAACCCCCUACAGAUGGCUAAAACUGGUACCAAACCUCAUCUAAGGGUGUCAUCAACAACAUUGUGAAGCACCAUUGAACUUGACCGUAUGUUAUAAAACAUUCCCUUCCUAGCUCUGCAUUUGUUGUGCUUAUCACUGAACAACUACCACACACUACCGUGUUGUCAUUAAACAAGUUGAGGAGAAAAGCAAAUUAAUGAGGCUGUUUAGUUUGCCCUAAAAGCUGUCUAUUUUCUUGUGACUGCAAGAAUCUAAUUUAGAAAAUUUGGGUGAAACAUUGGUCAUUCAAAAACUUAUCUUUCUUUAUUUACAAAAUCUUAUUGAAUACAUCUGUAGUUAUAUUUUAAUGUAGUCUAUAGGUCUGGAAUCCCGGUGAAUAAUGUAAGAUUUUCUGUGCUGUUAUUUAUGAGUUUCUGAGUUACUAUGGAGCUGUUCGCAUCUUCCUCUCGUACAAUGCUUCCAUCUCUCUGGCACAAAGAUUCUAGACUGCAGUUUUUACUUAAUAUCUGAGGUCUUCCGUGCUAUUUGUGUAUGAAAUCUUUCCCAUACUUGACAGUAACAAAAACUGUGGCUGUAGUACAAAUUUUGAAGGAAUGUAAAUUUUAAUUGUAUCUGACUCAUGCGCUGUGAUAUCAGGCACAGCCAAUUGCUGUUGUAAUCAGCUAAUGAAUCGUGUGCUUCUAAAACAUGUAAUAUGAUAGAGUUUUCAACAGUUUGGCUACUGGUGAUUUGGGGUCUUAUUAUUGUUCUGGAUGAUAUUGUACAUCUUGAAAUAGCACAAUUUGGUGAUUUACAACUUGCCUGCCUUUUUGCAAAGUGUAUAGACCUACCUAAUUUAUUUCUUGAUCAUUGUAUAAGAUGUGACUGAAUUGUGAAUGCUAUAUUUUUCACAUACAUAUUGAUUGUUCAUUGAAGAAUCUCGCACAAUACUGAUUAUGAUCAACAAAUAAUUCAGAUUGCGUGCAAGACUGACAUUUCUUUUUUGUGUUUUUGAUGGUUGAUUUUUUUUAACACAACUUGUACAUUGUGACUAAACUAAUGCAAAAACCAUUGUUUUUUUGUCUAAUACAUGUUUCAUGUUACUAGCUUCUUUCUUUUAAGCAUACACUGUACCUCAUUAAGGAUUGCUUUAUGUACAUUGAACUGUUUGGCUUCCAAGACCAAACAACACAAAAUAAGAUUUCUUCAUUUUGUAAUGAUUUUCUUUAAAUUUUAAACUGGUUAAUUGUUUAAUUAUUUGCAUCUUCCACUACCAUUCAUACUGUAUCAACAAGUUGUUUGUUUCUUCCUGUUUUUUUUUUUCUCCUUACGUCCUGACAUGGAGUAACUAAGAAGCAAUUCUAACUAUUAUUUUCAUUUUGCGCUUUUUUCUUUCUUUUUGUUAAGACUAUAUGUUUUCAUUGUACUGACAUUUUGUCAUAUGAGCUCCCGUUUCUAUGUUUUGAAUGAAUUGUGAUUUCAUUUGCUUAUGGUUAAUGUUAUUUGUAGGUCACACAAAUUUUCACAUAAUUUAUUAUUUGCUUAAUUGUGAUUACUGUUCUGAGUCGUUUUGGCUCCCAAACAGUUCUCCAGGAUUAUGUAAUGUUAUAUACUUACUUUUUUGUUCAAUGUUUGUCUUGCAGAAGAGUUAUAUUGACACAAGUCAAUGUGGCUAUAACAAAGUAACAGUUUUGUGCUUCUUCUGAUGCAUCAGGUAUGAUCUCAGUUAUUGUUUUCGCAGUAUGUGGUGUUUAAAUGUAUUCUCUUUUUCCCGUCUUCCUUUGUAAGACCUGGAGACAUCCAUCAAACUGUCCUGAACACAGUCCUAAUAAACUAAGAAUACUUAAAACA